AUGGGUAGAAAUUUUCACUUGGAAAAGGCAGACCUUAGCAAACCAGAGACCAUACCUGCAACAUUGGUUGGUAUUCAUACAAUAAUUGAUUGUGCCACAGGACAACCAGAAGAGCCCAUUCGGAAGGUAGACUGGGAAGGAAAAGUUGCUCUUAUACAUUGUGCAAAAGCAAUGGGAAUCCAGAAGUAUAUUUUCUUUUUCAUCCACAACUGUGACAAGCAUCCUGAAGUUCCACUAAUGGACUGCACUGAGAAGUUUCUUCAGGACUCAGGCCUAAGUCACGUCAUAAUCCGGUUAUGUGGUUUCAUGCAAGGCCUCAUUGGGCAGUAUGCGGUGCCUAUACUAGAGGAGAAUUUUGUAUGGGGAACGGAUGCUGCAACAAGAAUUGCUUACAUGGACACCCAGGAUAUAGCUCGCUUGACAUUUAUAGCUUUACGCAAUGAGGAAAUUAAUGGGAAGCUUCUCACAUUUGCUGGUCCUCGUGCAUGGACAACCCAAGAGGUGAUAACACUGUGCGAGAGGCUUGCAGGGCAAGAUGCAAAUGUUACUAUUGUCCCAGUCUCUGUGUUGAGAUUGACUGGCCAGGUGACUCGGUUUUUUGAGUGGACAAAUGAUGUUGCUGACAGAUUGACAUUUGCAGAGGUGCUCACAAGUGACAUUAUUUUCUCUGUUCCAAUGAAUGAGACAUAUAAACUUCUUGGUGUGGAUGUGAAAGAUAUAGUUACCCUAGAGAAAUAUUUGCAAGAUUAUUUCACAAACAUAUUGAAGAAAUUGAAAGAUCUCAAAGUACAGUCAAAGCAAACUGACAUCUACUUCUGAAUGAAGUCCAUUUUGUAACUGUAAAUGUAACCAUGAAGGUAUCAACAAGCUUGAUACCUGAUAACAGUCAUCAAAUAGGAAUGCUAUUCAUUUGGAUCCCUUUACCUC